GGACCAGAAACUCGCUUAUUGCGCUGUCAUCUGAUUCUUGGUGGAAGUCUGGUCCAACUUGAAAGCCAUUAUACGCUCGCGAACGUGCGCCAGGGAAGGGUGAAAUGGCGAAGUCGCCGUCCGCCUCGGAGGAUCUUCUCUGGGCACAAUAUGUCUCGGUGCCGUCAGCAAGUUGACCUUUUGUGUAUCGCUGCCUGAUUUCCCAGUUUGCGCCGGCUCGGCCGGCAUGGUACUCCGCGAGUAAAGGCCAAUCGUCGCGACGCUAAGCAGGCGGCGGGUGACGGCCCGAAUCGCCGAGGCGCGGGGAUGAAGAAAUGACACCUGCUCAGUGGGCGGGACUUCACACGCACGCCUCACAUCAAGCACCUGGCUUCACUUGAGUGGCGCAAGCAGCUCACCGUCAAUCAGAUGAUGGGCUGCACGACCAGCAAGGUGCUUCCGACCCAAAAUGGAAAUGAAAAUGAGAAGGCAAAGCGCCACGUGAGCGUGCUGCAGUCGCUGCUCGCUUUCACCAGGGAACGGGACCACCGAGAGGAGCCAAAAAAGAACAGUGUGUGGUUUUCCACUAAAAGCAAGAAGACUCUUCCUUCCGGUGAAAUGAGGUUUCGAGAUGAAAAGCAGCAAGUGAAAAGAGGAGACACAUACAAGGACAAGUUUGACGCUCGGGUCACCUCAAGAUACCAUAUCAAGGCUCUGAUCGGUCGCGGCAGCUUCAGCCGGGUGGUGCGCGCCGAGCACAGGACCAGUUGCCGACCCUUCGCCAUCAAACUGAUGGAAGUGGAGGCCCCCCAGGCCCGGGAGGUGUGCGCGGCCGAGCUUGCGGUGCUGCGGCGGGUCAACCACGCUAACGUGGUCCGCCUGGUGGAGGUGUUCCAGUGUCCCAGGCGCGUCUACGUGGUUCUGGAGCUGGCCACGGGCGGGGAGCUUCUGGACCGCGUCGUCAGCAGGGGGCACUACACGGAGCGGGACGCCGCCCGGGCCCUGCGUAUGGUCCUGGCCGGGGUUGGCUACCUCCACUCCUUGGGGAUCACCCACAGAGAUUUGAAGCCAGAGAAUCUUCUUUACUACCACCCGGGCGUCGAUUCCCGCCUACUGGUGACGGACUUCGGGCUGGCAACGUUUGGAGGCGCGGCGUUAUCAGGCAGCAAUCAGAGUGCCCAAAGUGGAGACGCCACUGGGACGAACAGCACUUGGUCCUUACGAACCACAUGUGGAACACCGGAGUACAUGGCCCCGGAGGUGGUGCUGAGGAAACCCUACUCUUGUGCCGUGGACAUGUGGGCUGUCGGAGUGAUUGCCUACAUCACCCUGAGCGGGUGCAUGCCCUUCGAGGAUGACACCCAAACUCGGCUCUUGAGGUCCAUCGUGGGGGGCAAGUACAGCUUUCGUGGAAAUCCAUGGCCCUCCGUGUCCAAUCCCGCCAAAGACUUCAUCCGGGCUCUGCUGGAAUCGGACCCGGGCCGCCGUCUGCGUGCCGAGCAAGCCUCGCGUCACCCGUGGAUUCUCACCACAGCCGACGGAUCCCCGAUGAAGAACCUCCACCGAUCCAUCUCCCGGAACUUGCGGCGGCGGGCGUCCCGGAACUCUUCCCGAUGCCAGAGCAGGACCACAAACUCGGCGGCGGAAGUCUGCCCGAUAUCCAAACGCCCUGCUGCAGCGUUAGCUUGGUAAGGGGCGGGGAAGAAAAACUACAAUUAAUACGAACAAAAAAAAAAAAAACGAACAAACUACAUUAGCUCUCAAAACGAAUGAAAACUGACGGUGUCAGCGUCUGGGAUAAUCGUUUUCAAUCUAAAGUGCCAGUGAGUGUACAAGUGCAACACUGCGUUAAACCGCCGAGAUUCAGCAGAUCUGCAACGCGUAAUGAUGUUUGGUGACUUGCUUGAGGACACAUUUGUCCCUCCAGUAGGAAUUAUUGGAGUCUUUAGAAAAGCAGAUCGUUAUCUAGCCCUCGCUGGCUGACCUGGAUCAAUAUUCCUUGUGGGGAGGCAACCAAAGACUGUCCCCUCCAUAUACCCCCCCACCCCACCCCCCGAAAAAAAUCCUUUAAAUAACAGUGUUGUUGCACUGCACAACGGAAUCGCCUGCAAUCGCAGAAAGCGCCAUUUUUUGUUGUUGUUUUCUUUGUUCUUUUUUUUUUUUCUUUUGAUGAUGAUAAUUCCAUUCCGAAGGCCGCCAUUAUUAUUAUUAUUUUUUUUUGGGAGAGCGUGUGCUUUUGUGAGUCACACAUCCGUGUGUGUGCCGUCGCCGCCGGCGUUGUGUGGGUUGUUAAGUGAGUUCACCAUGUUGGAUCCUCCAAAAUGAUGCUUCUCAACUCGGGGUCCACGAGGUGCCACUUCGGGGUCUGCAAAAUAAUUCAGUGGUGCUAUUCCAGCCUCUGUUAAAAAAAAUAAAAAGUUGUAAUGUGCCUUUGGAUGAGGAAAAUGGCACUAUCAUAUUGUAUUUUAUUAAAAGCAUGUCGUAAUAAUUGAUUAAAAUGUAAAUAACAAAACAGCUUGUGCAUCAUUAUUAAGCCUCUCCUCCUGGUAUGUGAAAUUUGGCCACCAGGAGGCAGUAAGGUACAGUCAGGCAGACACACAAAUGAAGAGUUUCACUUCAACUUCUGUCAGUAAUUCCACAAGUUGCAAUAAUGUUGAUGUCUCUCUAUAUGUGUUGCUGCGCUUUUGUGUUCAAACACGGCCACUUGGAUACCGUUUAUUCACUUGUUGAUGGCAUGUUAGCAUUUGGCUAGCGGACAUGAAGAGGCAGUGAGGAGUGUUUCAAAAAUAAA